CGAAUCAUUUUAUUUCGGAUCAAAUAGAAAUCGGCGCGAAUGAAAUUUUAGAAUUGGUAACCUUCAAUGAGUGAUCAAAAAUAAAGUGAGAGUACGUCUAUUCCGAGAUAUGAAAUAAUUGGAUUUAUCACGUACUUCCUGUUACAUCAAUGAAGUGCUAAUAUUGAGUUUUUUUUUUUUUGACUUUUUUUUUGUAUUGAAUAAGACGGGAAAUGAACAAUGCACGAUUGUUAUUACGCAUCCGACUAGUUUACAUUCGUGAAGACCGAUCGGCAACAUGUCGGUGUUAGCCGAAAGCUUAACACCGACCAAUCAUCUUUAAGGUGAUUAAUAACAAUUGCAUAAAUGACAUCGGACAAUGACACGUUUCAAAAUUCAAAGGAUGAAGUUUUUUAUAUUUUUGUCGAUCUUUCUACUUGGGCAAAUCGCGGUGUGCAGUGGAAGCUUUCGAGAAAGAAAUGUCAAGCGUGAAUCCUCCGUAGUGAGAAAUGUCAUAAACGAAGACGUUUUAUCUUCGUCUAUAAGAAAAAAGCAGCAUAAUGAGGUAUCAUCAUCUUCGUCAUUACCAUCAUCUUCUUCGUCACUGACGAAAGACAUCGAUGACGGGAAAAUGGGCGGGAAUGAAAAGCCGCCGACUAACAUAACCUACAAACCGCUUGUUGAAGAUUCGAAUGGAACUAUACAAACGACGACAUUAAUGCCAAAAGAGCACAUAGCAGAAGGUCAUUUAACGUCCUUGAAUUCUGGAGCUCUCCUACGUGGCUUUUGCGUCUUCAUAGGAUUGAGCAUUUUGGUCAUGGCCUAUAUCAUGUUCCGUAGCUUUAGGUUCAGUAAAACACGUGCACAGAUGAUUCGAAAGUACGGUAUUCUUGCUCAUAGGCAAGAUGUUGAAAUGCGACCAUUACCAUUAGAAGAAGAAGAUGACGAAGAUACUACUGUUUUUGAUGCCAGCAAUGUUUUAACUAAUAAUGCUCAACAUCAAAACUUGUGAAAAUGUUUCUGUUAGAAACAUGUCAUUUUCUGCGCUUUUAUGUAUGGUAUAUUAACAAUACGCCUCUUCGAUGGUUUUUAAAAUCGAACUAUUUUUUUUUUAUUAAUGGCAAUUGUACAAAAACAAGAGAAACAAAAUACUUCAUAAUUGUCUCUUUAUUUAACACCAUUGACAUAUUGCUAUAAAGAACAGAAUAUAUUUGUGCGUAUUGGCUUUUCAAUUAUUUUGCUAUAUUGCAUUAAAUGUAUCAUUGUCGACAAAAUGUUUUUGUCUUUCCAAUGCAAAUAUAUAUAUAUAUAUAAUAUAUAUAUAUAUAUAUUAUCAAAUUUGUGGCACCCACUGUUCGUGUAUUAAUAAAAAAUAUCGGGUUGCCUAAUCUACUACUACACAAAGUAAACUAUGUUGUUAUAAUUAAAAUUAAACAAAUACAGAUUGUCUCUAUUUUAUUUAAUGCUAAACAUUUAAUAAAAAUUAUCUAUAAAAUUUA